AAUUUUUCACAUAAUGUCUUUACAAUAGGGGACGUUGCACUAAACCAGCCCGAUAUGUGUGUCUACCGGCGUGGGAGAAAGAAGCGAGUGCCGUACACAAAACUGCAGCUUAAAGAACUCGAGAAUGAAUAUGCCAUUAACAAGUUCAUUAACAAGGACAAGAGGCGAAGGAUAUCCGCAGCCACAAACCUGUCUGAGAGACAAGUUACCAUUUGGUUUCAGAACAGGAGGGUGAAGGAUAAGAAAAUAGUCUCCAAACUGAAAGACAAUGUAUCUUGA